AUGAGGCUUCUUCUGUUUUGUCUGGCGGCCCUUAGCCUGAAGGUUAGUUUCAUCCAUUUAUUCCAGAUUUUUUUGUGUUUUUUUUUAGGUAACCGGUCAGUUUUACUGUGCAGACUUGUUGCAACAGUGUGCAAAGUCAGCUGCCGAGUAUACCGAACAAAUCCUUCAAUUCAAGGAAAGCGCCUUUAAAACAUGUGUUCGCCGACCGGCAUGUCAUACCGAGAGGAAGAUUUUCGAUGAAUGUUUUGAUGCGUCCGUGUCUGCAACUCAUGUCUCGACUACUUCGGAGGUCACGGCUAAUAAUGAUGGGGAGACGCGAAAAGUGACACCUCCACCGAUGACCAAGUACAAUUCUCUGCUGAAAUUCUUCACAGAGAAGUCUUUAAAGUAUCGAAGCGCAUUGGAUCAGUGUUUCGUGAGAUCACCUUUUGUUCCUAAGCGUAACUUUUUUGGACCAAGUCUUUUGGACGGUAAGUGGACAACGACUACAUGCUUUGAAAAUCUUUUUUUUUAGAAGACGCCGCCUACGCGCGCGCAAUUUAUCAGUUUGACUUGGCUGAUCGUCUUUGGGGUCUUCCCGAGCUUUCGAUCACUCGACCCAGUCUAGACACUCUUGGUGUUUGCGGAACUCGGGUGAGUACGGAUCAGAUUUCCUACGGAAUCUGAAUUAAUUUAGAACACUGCUCUUCGAGUUUUCGGCAGUGGAAUCAGUAGAACGUCUCGAGCAUCUGAUCCAACCAAGAACAAUAUCACGUCUGCGUGCAUGUUAGAUGAAGACGAGAUCAGUUGCUAUCGAGAAGCGCUGGAUUUGAAUUCGGAAUACGUUCAGCUCAUUUACAAUCGAGAUUACGCACUUCGAGCAUGCGUUCAAAAGUCUGUGAGUCGCCUAGCACCCCAGUAACAGUCAGAUUACAGUAUCCGCCAACAAAGUGUGUGCCGAAUGAAUGAUAGAUCCCGACUGCGUGCGUGUUUGUGCGGUGUGCGAGAGCAGUAUGAUAAUGAAAUCCAAUCUGGCCUUCUACAAUGCGUUAAAUCAAAAAGUCCACAAGUUCCGGCGAUGGUCAUUGAAAUGAGCAGUAGUUUGGAUUCGGAGCCAGAUUCUUCUUCCUCUUCCUCUUCCGACUCAUCGACCGUUCAGGAACAAGUUACACCUGCGCAACUGACAUUCGAUACCCCUGGUAUGUAAAUAAACACGCACAAAAGAUCGCUUAAUUGAACUACAUUUCAGGCGCGGUGGUUAAUGGGCAAUGUAUGUGUGCGUGUGAAGCUGCAAAAAACGGAGCGAGCCGUUCAUUCCUUCAGAAAACGCAAGAAGUUGAGGUGGAAAAAGUGCCAGUAUCCGAGGAGUUGGAAAGUGUCACGAAAAAAGACGAAGCAGCACCUAAGACCAAUGCAGUGAGGUUUAAAGAGGUGAAUGACGGUCAUCACAUGCGGACAAGUUUCAUUCCAAGUUCUAGAUGCUUUUCAGAAUUCUCCGCGUCUAA